AUGAGUCUACAAGAACGUGUGAAAGAAAAAGUCGAUUGCAUCUAUCAACGUCUACGAACCCAUGUUACAAAUAUUGGCUCAUCGACUGGAUCUCAACGUCAUGUAUUCUUUGUUUUUGGAGCAUCGGGUGAUCUAGCAAAGAAAAAAAUCUAUCCAACCCUAUGGUGGCUUUAUCGGGAUGGAUUUGUACCAGAAAAUACUUGUUUUAUUGGUUACGCUCGUAGUCAAUUGACAGUGGAAAAAAUCUUUCAAAAUGCCGCUAAAUAUAUGAAAGUCCAAGAUGAUGAACGUGAGAAAUAUGAGCAGUUUAUCAAGAUAAAUUCGUAUGUACAUGGUUCGUAUGAUAAACCGGAAGAUUUCGAACGUUUGAAUGAGGAAACAAAUAAAAUAUCCGGACAAGCAACUGCACAUCGGUUCUUCUAUUUGGCCCUUCCACCAAGUGUUUAUGGAAGUGUGUCAGAAAUGAUAAGCAAACAUUGCCGACCGGAAUCGCCUGGUUUCCUACGUUUAAUUGUGGAGAAGCCAUUCGGAAAAGAUCUUGAAAGUUCAAAUAAACUAUCCGAACAUUUGAGCAAAUUCUAUUCGGAAGAAGAACUCUAUCGUAUUGACCAUUAUUUAGGAAAAGAAAUGGUUCAAAAUAUAAUUGUUCUACGCUUCUCGAAUAAAAUCUUCUCACGCGUUUGGAAUCGUGACUCUAUUGCUGCUGUGAACAUUAUUUUCAAAGAAGAUAUUGGUACACAAGGACGUGGAGGAUAUUUCGAUGAAUUCGGAAUCAUUCGUGAUGUGAUACAAAAUCAUCUCAUGCAAAUUUUGUCCAUUGUUGCAAUGGAAAAACCUCGUUCAACAACAGGUGAAGAUAUUCGUGACGAAAAAGUCAAAGUAUUACGUUGUAUAGCUCCAAUCAAGUUAGAAGAUGUCGUCAUUGGACAAUACAUCGGUGAUAAAGAUUCCACGGAUCCUGAACGACAGAAAGGUUAUUUAGAUGAUGAUGGUGUGCCGAAAGAUUCGAGAACACCAACAUAUGCACAAGUUGUACUCUUCGUCAACAAUGAACGAUGGGAUGGUGUGCCUUUCAUCUUACGUGCAGGCAAAGCAUUAAAUGAGAAAAAAGCUGAAAUUCGUAUACAAUUUCGCGACGUUCCCGGUGGCAUGUUUGAUGAAGAACUAACAGAGCACGGUGUAAAAGGAACAUUAGCUCGUGACGAGCUCGUCAUUCGCGUCCAGCCCAAUGAAGCUAUUUAUCUUAAAGUAAACACAAAAAGACCCGGCGAAAUGGGCUUCAGUAUCGAAGAAACCGAAUUAGAUUUAACCUACAACGAACGUUACCAAGAUGUGAAACUACCUGACGCAUACGAACGUUUGAUACUGGACGUAUUUACCGGUUCGAAAAUCAAUUUUGUCCGUUCCGAUGAGUUGCAGGAAGCUUGGCGCAUUGUCGAUCCAAUUCUUGCGGAAAUUGAUAAGAAAAAAGUUCCGGUCAUACCGUAUAAGUUCGGCGCAGUGGGCUUACGUGAAGCAUUUGCCGGCGCUGCUAUGCAUGGUUAUAUUUAUACGGGCACAUAUGUUUGGAAAGACGAACGAUCAGGAUCGAUAGGAAGUUCAUCUCAAGAUAAAGAACGUUCAAAAUCUUUUGGCAAAGAGAAAAAGUGA